CAUAGUGACGUCAUCAUUUGUGCUGCUGGCAUAAUAAUACUAGUGAUGGAUCAUGGUCUGUCCUGCUGUUUUUGGAGUCAGUUUGUCAUUUUCUAGCUAGCUAGGUACCUCCAAAUUAUAUGAUGUCGUGUGAUAUCUCCAUAGCUAAUGUUAUUAUGAUGUCGCGUCAGAGGAGAGAUCUCGAGGGGAGAUCUUCUGCGUGAAGCUCGCGGUAGCUGCAGCUAGCUAGCACUUCAUUGGACCAAAAACAAUGUGGCCUGCUAUUUUGGGAAAACGAUCGGAACUGCAGGACUAAACCAAACACAGACAUGGCUUCCGAGCUCCAGGUGUUCUCCUCUCCCUCAAUCUCCUCCAGCGCCUACACUCGCUCCAAGAAACUGAAGGUAGAGAACAGUGUGUGGGAUGUGAACAGCCAGGUGGGAGACAACAACAACAACAGUUACUACCAGCAGCAGGUCUCCAGCCAGGGCAAUGGAAACACAUCCUCCCCCUCUGCAUCAAGUUUCAACCCAGCAUACAACUUCUCCAACUCCAACCGGGGGUAUCCAUCAACGGGGGCAGGCUCCCGGGAGCUGACGGUCGUACGGGCGGCAGACAGCACCGGCAGCGUCCGAGGACCCCCUUCCUCUUCAUCUUCCUCCUCCUCCACCAGUUGCCUUGUCAAAGAUGCUGCAUACUCCUCCCAGCCAGGCGACCUAUACCAAAAGCAGUACGGUAACAGCGUGAAGAGGAAGAGUGAGGAGGUGGACAGCAGUGACAGUGUUCAGAUCCUGGAGGAGCUCUCUGCCCCUGUGCUCUCCAACCGCACAGCCGCUGGUGGGGGAACCACCACAGCCCAGUCCAUAGCACAUUCCACCUCCACCACAAAGAGUAGUAACUCUCACAGUGAAGGGGACUACCAGCUAGUGCAGCAUGAGAUCCUGUGCUCUGUGACCAACAGUUAUGAGGUGCUGGAGUUUCUAGGGAGAGGUACAUUUGGUCAGGUGGCUAAAUGCUGGAAGCGUGGCACUAAUGAGAUUGUGGCCAUCAAGAUCUUGAAGAAUCAUCCCUCAUAUGUCCGGCAAGGUCAAAUUGAGGUGAGUAUCCUGAGCAGACUGAGCACUGAGAAUGCUGACGAGUUCAACUUUGUGCGUUCCUACGAGUGUUUCCAACACAAGAACCACACCUGCCUGGUGUUUGAGAUGCUGGAGCAGAACCUCUAUGACUUCCUGAAACACAGCAAGUUCAGUCCGCUGCUACUCAAGUCCAUCCGGCCUGUGCUGCAGCAGGUGGCCACGGCCCUGAUGAAGCUGAAGAGCCUAGGUCUGAUCCAUGCUGACCUGAAGCCAGAGAACAUCAUGCUGGUAGAUCCUCUCAGACAGCCCUACAGGGUCAAGGUCAUCGACUUCGGCUCUGCCAGCCACGUCUCCAAGGCAGUGUGUUCCACCUACCUGCAGUCCCGCUACUACCGGGCGCCAGAGAUCAUCCUGGGCCUUCCCUUCUGUGAAGCGAUCGACAUGUGGUCUCUGGGCUGUGUCAUUGCUGAACUGUUCUUGGGUUGGCCUCUUUAUCCUGGUGCCUCAGAGUAUGGUCAGAUCCGGUACAUUUCCCAGACCCAGGGCCUGCCUGCUGAGUACCUCCUGAGUGCAGGCACAAAGACCAGCCGCUUCUUCAACAGAGGCCCUGACUCCAGCUACCCCCUCUGGAGGCUCAAGACACCUUCAGAGCAUGAGGCAGAGCUGGGGAUAAAGUCAAAGGAGGCGAGGAAAUACAUUUUCAACUGUUUGGAUGAUAUGAUGCAGGUGAACAUGACUUGUCUGGUGGGGACUGACGUCCUGGCAGAGAAGGCUGACCGGAGAGAGUUUAUUGAUCUGCUAAAGAAGAUGCUGACGCUGGACGCAGACAAACGCAUCACCCCCAUGAAGACCCUCAACCACCCCUUCGUCACCAUGACACACCUGCUGCACUUCCCUCACAGCUCACAUGUGAAGUCAUGCUUCCAGAACAUGGACAUAUGCAAGCGCAGGGUCAGCGCUUUCGAGAGUGGAAAGAAUCUGUUUUCUAGCAACAACACCCCCAGUGCAGCUACAAACCUCACUGUUACAUUUAGCAGCCAGCUCAACCAGCACAACCAGAUGGCGUCCACCGGUGGCCAGUCACUGUCAGUGAGCAGCAACGUCCCUCUGCUGAACUACCAGCCGGGCCUGUACCAGCAGGCUACUAUCAACAUCCCAGGUCUCCCCCAGCAGAGUGUCCCUCUGCAGACCAGACCCACCCAGCUGUGUGGCCAGGCUGAGCCCUUCCAGCAGACUCUCAUCGUCUGCCCACCCACCAUCCAGGGCCUCCAGACGUCCAGUAAACACUCUGGGUUCCCAGUGAGGAUGGAUAACUCUGUUCCCAUGGUGCCCCAGAACCAGUCCACUCAGCCUCUACAUCUCCAGCCUGGAAUGCUCACACAGGCCUCCUGCAAUCCAUUGAUGGUAGCCACUCUGCACGCCCCUGUGGCAGGAAUGGCCCCUCUGUAUUCGCUGCCCCUGGGCUGUGGGGCUGGAAGGCCUAGCCUGCUGGAUCAGAGCCCCACCAUGCUGCAGGGCUGGCCAGCAGGGACCCAGCAGAUCCUCAUCCCCUCCACAUGGCAGCAGAUGCCAGGCAUGGCCCUUCACAACCCCAGCCAGAACCAGACACUGGUCCCUGACUCUCCCAUGGGAGCCCCCCUCUCUGGGGGAGACCGCUCAGGACAACAGGCCUCACAUCGGAGGGGUCGUCAUGGCAGCCAUUACGAUGGCAUCACGCAGCAGGACCUUGCACUGGGGCGUCAAGCACCCACGGCCCCCUCCCAAGCAAGAUCCCAGCAGGGGAAAAGGUCUAAGGCUCGACAUACCGACAGUAGGGCCAGGCCUGUGUUGUCGCUGGAGCCAGCUGCCUCUGUGGUCUACAAUACCCCUCUGCCUGCCUUCAGUAGUGAUCCAAUCGUCAUCUCCGAUACUCCCAGCCCUGCUGCCAGCAUUAUCACCAUCCACAGUGACACAGAGGACGAGGAUGACAGGAAGUUCCCUGCUGCCAGCUCUGGUGCUAACCAGCGGGCCAAUGUGAUCAGCUGUGUGACGGUCCACGACUCGCAUGACUCUGACUCGUCCAUCAGCAGUCCCCUGAGCCCCAAGCACCUUGCCACCAACUCCUCCUCGUCCCAGACCACCUCCAAGUCCCUGGCCAUCAUCCUGCCCUCAGUGAAGAGUCAGCCUGGGGAGAGCGGGGCCCACAAAUCAGAUCAACAUGCUAAUGUCUCUGGUAAGUCCAAGAAGGGGACAGCUCAGCAGUCCAGCAGGGCAGGAGGGGCCACAACUAGCAGAUCUCAACCUCUCAACCUGAGUCAGGUACAGCAGUCUGUGAUGUCAUCGUCACAAGACAGAACAGGAGGCAACAGCAGCUCCUUGCGUCGUCAGCCCACCUACCCUCCUCCAGUCUCCUCCCACUCCUACCGCCUGCAAGAAGCUGCCUCCAUCUUCACCUCUACCCCUAACUUGUACGCCUAUCCUGCCUCUGCCGCCCUGGCCUCUGUCUCCCAGGCCGUGGACCAACUCCAAGCCGGGGGCUCUUCUCGACACACCCGGCCCAGCGGGCCCUACUCCUCCCUGGGGCUCCUUCAUGCCCAGGGACAGUACCACCACCAGCAGCUGGCGGCCCAGCCUUACCCCGUCCCCCGGUCCAGCGCAGCAGCCUACCAGCUCAGCCAGAGGAAGCUCAGUCAGUACCCCUACCUGUGAGGAAUAGAGGCUGCCAUAGAAAUAGAAUCCCAUAGAAAAAUCAUAUAAUAGAAUCCCAUAGAUUAUAUUUCUGUGGAAAGAACAGCUAUCUAGCCCAGCGGAAGACCAAAUGGAGACCAAGAUCAUAAAGGUGCACCUCUGCACAAGUUUAGCACAGGAACUAUUAUACUUAAAUACCACUGAUAUUUUUAAAUGUGCAAUUUAGUAAGGCCUCGUUUUGAAUUAUUUUAACAGCUUUGUUCGCAAUGUCCUGGUUUCAGAGACUGCUUUAAAGUGGUAAAUAUUUGUUUAAAUGAAACACACUUAUGUGCAGAAAAGUCCUUAAACAUUUCUCCUAUGUAAAGCCAGUAUUUAGUUUUUUAAAUAUCUUUGUUUUUAAAAUAUGAAGCUUAUAAAAGCACUAACCAUGUGUCCUUCAUGUUGUUAUCAUGGCAUUUUAUUUCCAUGUACUGCAGCUAAUCAAAUUGUACUAGAAUUAUAAGACAGUUCCUUUUAUUUAUUUGCUUUUAUCAUUAUUUUGAAUGUGUCUGCAUAUUGCAAAUAACUCUGAACAGAGUUUCUCUGUUUGUGUUUUACGUGUCUGUUUAAAAGAAUACAGAUAAAAUAA